CGCCACAGUAGGAAAAAAAUAUUGCGGGAGUUUUGGUAGUGGAUAUCGCCAUGUCGAGAAGACGCUGUUUUCUUCAGUGCGACCGCAAAUUCCCUUUGUAUGGACUUCCAAGGGAAGACGAGGUGAAGAACCAGUGGUUGACAUUCAUUUUCACCACUAUUCCCGAGCAGUACAGCCCAAACCUCUUACUGUGUUCCCGUCAUUUCGCCGAGGACUGCUUCCUGAACCGGGUACAGUUCAACGCUGGGUUUUCGCGACGGCUCCUCCUGAAAGACGGGGCAGUUCCCACGAUGAUGUGCAAAUAUGAAGAGUCGGAAACAGUGCCUGGUACAUCACAGCAAGAUCCUGGUGCCCAAGACUUCUCCUCUAUAACAGGAUUCCAUGAUAUAGGGUGCCAAACAGACCCUCCAAAAACCGUCUCAGUGAGCACUCAGGCUGCAAUAUCUCCAGUUAUGGACGCUGGUAACAGAUUCUGUCUAAUUAUGCCUGCUGCCCCGACUCCGCCUCGCAAAAGAUCAGUCGGGACACAGCUAUCAAUGAAAACUCUGCAGAAUCACUUUCGAAGUACAGCUACCCAGGCGCGAGUGCCCAGCAGAGAUUGCGGCGUGUGCACCCUCACCUUCCCCCUGGACAGCCCAUUACUGUUCUUGCAACCAACAACAGUAAAGAGACCUCGACUCAGCCUUACAGACGAGGAGGAAGGCCCUUCAGAAUGCAGCGUGUCUCUGGCAGUUAAUGAACCAGAGGAUUCAACGUGACCCGGAGGACUUUUUUUUUUUUUUUUUUUUUUACUGUUGUGGGUUACCAGCUGCAUCUUUUUUACCUUUUCAAAUAUCUCGGAAUCGGGGAAUAACAGAUUAGUGAAUGGACUAUAACCCUACUGAAAAUUUGAGCAAGUCACCAAGCCCUCAACUGCUCCAUUGGCUCUAAAGAAAUGCAUCAUAUUCUUUAAGAUCGUCAUAUGUGUGUUUGAGACAUCGCUGUGCAGUGAGAAUUGUGAUGCAUUUUCCAAAUAUUCCCAAGAGAGUUUUUAAAAGAGAUUAUUUAGCUUAACAAGCAGGGAAAUGUUUUGGCACACCAAGAAAAAACCCUUCACUCUUCGUUUUAUCAGAAAGAAUCAAAUGCAGAAUUGCAAAGAUGUGGUUUUCACUGAAGGGGAAAGGGAUGAAGAAUAUGUGUGACCUGGGGAAAACUAGUAACUAAAGCUGUCAAACAUGGAACGGAGUAAAAAGUAUAUUUGCAGCUGAGGUAUAGUGGAUUUGCAUUAUAACAUUGUGUUAAAUAGAUAUACUCAAGUACAGAUAUCUACUUAAGCAUUAGUACUCAGUUACAUUUCACAAUUGCUGAAGUUGUGGUUUCCAGCUCGUAUAUGGCCACUUAUAGCGUUAAAGCAGGAACAAACCAAUGUCUUAAAGAUAUGACACUUUUUUUUGCCACACUUGAAACCUGCUUUAUGCUUUAUGUCUCCUCAAGGAAGGUCAAAGGUCAGGAUCAGAACCCAGAAACAAAACAACUGCCCUGGCUGGUAGAGAUUCAGGGUUUUGUUCAAGAGCUCUUCAGGCAGAUCAGAAUAAGCUUUUAUAUUCUUUCACUUACACAACUGUGUAAUUUGCAUAAGCUCAGCUUCAGAAUUGAGGCAGUUUCCGUUUGUUCACUACAACGUAGAGUUUAUUGUUCAUUCUCUUCAUAUACAGUAUUCAGUAUACAGGGGAGCCAUGUUACCUAAAAAAUGUUUUUGCUGUUUGUGUCAAAAUAGCCUCAAAAGUUUGUUUGCUUUAUUUAACUUAUUUCAAGCACACCAUGUCACAGUUUUUCAGUUUUAUGAACCGGGACUGGACUUUUUCAAUUCUGUUUUCUAACUUUUUAUUUCAUUCUCCAGAGGAGAAUCAUGGGAGUGAGCAUGUCAAUAACUGGAUUCACUCUCUUGACAAAAUCUUAAGUUGUAGACCCCUGAGACAAACUUGGUCUAAAAAUCAACAGUAUUGUUGGUCAUAUGAGACAUAUUGGGAUGGGAUGGUAGUAUCAAAUGUACAGUUAAGCCUGUAAAAGACUAGUGUGCAGUUGAACAUUACUCUUGUUUCUUUUAAAAACAGCACUUUUACUUUUUUUUUUUUUUUACAAUUUUUUUGCCAGUAAUCAACUUUUAACUUUGCUCCAUUUGCCAUUUAUGCUUUCAUUACAACUAGUCUGUAAUCUGCUAUGCAGUGUGCUGCAUUAACCUGAAUGAACUUUGAUAAAGCUGUGUGGGCUUUAAAAAGUCUCCAUGCUGUACAAAGAGAAUGCACCUGUGCCAGAUAUUAGGCGAGGCAAAUACCAUUUAAGGUUUGGUGGUUCGAGGUUUCAGGUUGUUUGACCUGCAUUAAAUUACUUGUGAAGAACUCUGGCUCCCACACUAAACAAUAUUAAAAGGUACUCUUGAGUAGUUUAUUCCAUAAGUACUUUUAUACUUAUCAAGUAGUUUGUCAAAUGGGAUUCUUUUUUUACUUGACUGUUUUUUUAUGGGAGUAUUUCUACUUUUACUUGAGUAAAGAUUUGUACCUGUACUCAUCUACCAUCCCUCAGCAGUAUUCAAACUGUUCUGGAAAACAAUGUAUAAGCUUUGAAUUCACACUGCAAGUCCACAUGGAAAUGACCGAGCACGGUAAUAAAAUGGACAGCAAUGAA